UUGGAGUCCCUUGAUGUCAGUCAACAGCAGCUUUGCCACCACCACCUCUCCUGAUUCUCUUCUCUGCUGCACUUGGCGACCAUAUCGGCCCGGCAGGGAAAGAAAUGCCAACGGGAUGAGGGGAUCGUAGGCCAUGUAAAUACAAAAUGUUUACGAGUUCAUCGACACAUUGACGUGCAGUUUGCUUUUCGAUUAUCGCAGUUAUGGUUCCAAUCGAGUCCCGUCCGUGUGUUUUAUCCAGCACCGUCUCUAGCCUCGGGAAAAUGUACCCGACUAUUGUUAGCAUUUUUUUCGCAAACAAAAGAAGACAUCCGAAAAAACAAUAAAAGAUCUCGACAGAAGGAUCGAUCCAGGUGCCCCCACCUCAUGGAGAAGGUUGGCAAGGUGUGGAGCAACCUUAAGAAGGGAUGUCAAUCUCUGCUCCACACAGAUGGGGGUUCUCGAUUUGAAACGCCACCACAGCUUCAACCGCAAACAGACACAGUAUGCCAGAGUGUGGACAAGGCCCAGGGAGACAACACACUGGAGGCUGCUAGUCCUUCUAGCAGUGUGGCGGCACUCCCUCUAGUAGUAUGGAGGACCGGUGGGAGUGUGACACGACAGGGCCAUAACUGUGUAGUGGAUGUACCCCAGAUACUAGAGAUCACAGUCGAGCAGGAUACCGAAGAUGCUCGUGCUCUCUUGGGAGCCCGCAGAGACUCUUACUCACGUCAUGCACCUUGGAGUGGAAAGAAGAGACACUCAUGUUCCACUAAGGCUCAGAGUUCUCUGGAGACCACAGAUCGGCGAUCAGGCCGGUCUCGGCGCAGACGUGGGACUGGUAGCAGCCGUGAGGAGCUGGAGUCAGGGGCAGCACGUUCCCUACGGCAGCAGAUUCAUGAUACAGUGGGCCUGUGCCUCCCACUGCGCUCAUCCUCUCGGAACAGUCACCUUCCACCACCCAAACGUAAGAUACAAAUCACAGAGCUGAUGCUGGAGACAUGCCCCUUCGCACCAGGAUCAGACCUUGCUCGAAAAUGGCACCUCAUUAAACAGCACACAGCACCAGUCACAAUGACACCAGUAGAUUCAUCCUCAGAUGCUUGCGGUGCUACCUGUGCAUCGCCGGAAGAUGAGGAGGAGCGCUUGAGAGAGAGAAGACGACUCAGCAUCGAGGAGGGUGUUGACCCACCUCCAGAUGCCCAAAUCCACACAGUGGAGGCUAUCACAGCCCCUCUGGCUUCCCUUUAUAAACUGGGACCUAAGUUGGCCCCUGGAAUGGGUGAGGCCCUAGGCGAUAGCCGGGGGGCAACAGCAGCUAACUGUGACUCUGAGGACGAUGAUACCACCACUCUUUGCUUGCAAGCUCGCAGGCCCAAGCAGCGACACGCUUCGGCGGAGGGCCUCCUGAGCAGCAAGCAACAGGGGCCUUGGAAGGUACACACUCAGAUUGACUACAUCCACUGCUUGGUUCCAGAUCUGCUACAGAUCACAGCACUUCCCUGCUACUGGGGUGUGAUGGACCGUUAUGAGGCUGAAGCCCUGCUGGAUGGUCGGCCCGAGGGAACCUUUCUCCUGCGAGACUCGGCUCAAGAAGACUACCUGUUUUCCGUUAGCUUCCGUCGCUAUGGCCGUUCGCUGCACGCACGCAUUGAGCAGUGGAAUCACAACUUCAGCUUUGAUGCACACGACCCUUGCGUGUUCCAUGCAGCCACCGUCACGGCACUCUUGGAACACUACAAGGACCCUAGCGCUUGCAUGUUCUUUGAGCCAUUGCUCACUGUGCCUCUGCACCGGACCUUCCCAUUUGGCCUGCAAAGCCUGGCUCGAUCAGCCAUUUGCAAUGGGAUCACCUACGAUGGCAUCGGGGCACUGCCAAUGCCCCCUGCUCUGCGGGACUACCUCAGGGAGUAUCACUAUAAGCAGAGGGUGCGCGUACGCUGGCUUGAGAGGGAGCCAGUCAAGGCCAAGUGAGGCAGGGCAGAUACUUCUCAGCUCUCCAACAGGAGUAGUCCAUUAAGCACUUUGCAGAGGUGGAGGAAUUCAUUUUUUUUUUUUGUGGAGGGGAAAGGGUUAAAAGGAGGGACCUGAAACUGAACACUAUAAAAGCUUCUAUCAUUUUUUGCUAUCACUCUAACAAACAAAGAAUUUACAUAUACAGUGGCUCUCCAGUGUGCACAUUUCACUACAGCUUCUGGACUAGGAAGAAGCAGCAGAGGUCUUAGUCUCCUUUUUCCUUCUCCCUCAGUUCCCAUGGCUGUGGGGGAAUCUGCAGAUACAGAUAUUUUCAUGCCCCUCCACUCUUUCACUGCUUGACUAUGUGGUUUAUAGCCAUUUCACUUUAUUUGUGUUGUACCAUUCACCUGUUUUUAAUUCCCUUGCAUUAAAUAUGCAUUGUUAAUGUUUAUUCAAAGUAACAUUGCGGACAAAUUGAGGGGAGGGGAAAUGAAGGGUGAUGUUCAAAUAUUGCUUUCCCAGCUUCUUUCAUCAUCCUUAGCUUUCAUGGUGCUCUGUCAGUGGUUCCUAUGGUAACAUUCUGCGCUCAUUCCGUUGUUAAAGGGGGGAAGCAUUCUUGAGCAGGACACAGAAAGGCUUUCACCCUGCUCAUUGAGAACGAGACGGAGAAAUCCAUGAAAGAAAGAUUGACCUUAAACUAUGCGUCCAGACAGCUUUUGGGAAUGCGUUGCAGUGGAGAGAAAGGUUCUGUGGCGUUCUGCUUCCGGGAAGCGAUAAGAUAAGGAUGAUAUGCACAACGUGACGCGAUGUGAUGUGAGAGCGCUUGGUUUUCAAAAAAUAUAGUUACUCACACUCUGCGUUCUGUUGCUGUCCAAAUGUUUUGUAAUCAUUAAUUCCUACCACUAAUUGCACAGGGGGGGUGACUAAUUCUGUAUACUGUCUUUUUUUUGUAUUGUUUUGAAUGGUCUAUCAGUGCCCUGGAAGUUGGGCACUGGUUGAGAGCACUUUAACUUAACUGUGCUUACGUUAAUGGGUGAAGCAGAGGCAAUACAUAAACAUGCUACACUGGGACCAUUGUUUUUAGGCAUAAACACCCUCCUAUAUAGGAAUAAACACUCUACGUUCACUUUGUCUAGUCCAUAUUGUUCUAGAGAGGACAGAGUAAGUUUUGAGGUGACCCCAUCAGUGCCAUUGGAUUUGGUUCAAGCUGGCUUGUUUAGCUUGAUUUUGGGAUGAUUUAAUAAUUGAUUAAAGGGAUAGUUCACCCAAAAAUGAAAAUUCUGUCAUUGAU